GUGUUCACAUCGCUCAUUUUCCCCGGGACAGGCUGCAGACUACUGGACGGGGGGCUGAACCUGCGGCUCGUGCUGGGAUCUACGGGAAUGCGCAUCACAACACUCUAUAUUAUAGAAGAUGAGCUCCAACGCCGCGAGCCCUGUGUCGGGCAGCGCCAGUGCCGGGAGGACUUCCGGAAAGGCCACCAGUUUCAUCCCCGAGCUGCAGAGCAUGAUGUUUGCUCUGGGAGACGCCCGCAGGCCUCUGCAUGAGACAGCAGCGCUGGUGGAGGACAUCGUGCACACCCAGCUCAUCAAUCUGCUCCAUCAGGCUGCUGAGGUGUCACUUUUAAGAGGAGCUCGGGUUAUAUCAGCUGAAGACCUCUUGUUUCUAAUGAGAAAAGACAAGAAAAAAGUACGCAGGUUGCUGAAGUACAUGCAGUUCAGAGACUACAAGUCCAAGAUACUCAAAAGUAUUGAAGAUGAAGAUCCACUUGAUUCAGAUAAGUACAGUUCCAAUAUAAACAAGCGGCAGAGGCUUGCGCAGGACUUCCUGGCCUCCAUUGACCAGACAGGAGAAUUUCUGGCUUUGCUGGACGAAGAAGAAAUCGAUGAGGUCAGACAAGAGAGACUGGAGAGGUUGGAGAGGCAGACCAGAGUGAUGGACUCUGCUCAGUACAGUGAAUUCUGCGAGAGUCGACAGCUCAGCUUCUCCAAAAAGGCCUCGAAGUUUCGCGAGUGGCUGGACUGCAGCAGCAUGGAGGUGAAGCCCAAUGCCGUUUCCAUGGAGAUCCUGUCCUACCUGGCGUACGAGACUGUGGCUCAGUUGGUGGACCUGGCACUGCUGGUUAAACAGGACAUGACUCAGAAGACUGGAGAUCCCUUCAGCCAUGCCAUAUCAGCCUCCUUCAUCCAGUAUCACAACUCCACUGGCGAGGUUCACCUCCCAGGCCAGGCUGUAACUGUGAAGCGAGAUCCCGACUCGCCGGAGAACACCCCCCCGUCCACGCCCGGCGCUCCGCUGGCCCCCGCGCAUCCGGGAAAGCUUCACUCUGUCGCCCAGGGCAACGGGGGGCUGGGCCAAGACGGUGGAAAAUUCAAACAGAGGAAGAGAAAGAAGAGUGCGGCCGCCGGCAGCUCGGAGGCCCAGAGCAGCGCCAUCCAGCCGGCCCAUAUCAGAGAGGCCAUCCGGCGCUACAGCCAGAGCGCCAGCCCCCUGUCGCCCUUCUCCAGUGCCUACCGCAGAAGCGGGAUGACUUUCCUGGCCUGCUGAUUGGCUGGGGGCCUCAGGAGCACACAACCGAAUUGCCACUACCCAAAGAAGACGUUCCCCCUCCUCUUCCUCUCUCCUACCCCCAUCAGAGGAAGGAUACGCGGCCCCCAUGUGUCUCUUGUUUACUGGCUGCAGCAUUGGCUUAAUUGAGGAAGGAAGUUUGGCAGCAGAGUGUAGGUUGUCAGGAAUGUGGGCGGUGCCGUCUCUGUGUGGCUGGCAGGAGAAGCAGUGUCAGUCUGCAGAACUCCUUCAACGAAAACAAACUGGGUUUCAUCUUGUGCGUAUAAAACUUUACAGCUCAAUUGAGUAAACGCUUUUGUACUUGUUAUUUCAUUUCAUUGUACGUUUUCUUUACUGACAAAGCCGUUCUGAUUUACGACGAAGAAUGUCACGAAACCUCUUGCUACAGUAGAACAAAGACGUGAAACAAAUGUACAGAUCUCUUACAUUGACGUAAAGGUCAAACUGAGAAGUCAAGCAGUACUCAAUAAAAUAUAUACAUAUCUGUACGUCAAAUUAAGUGUGCAGCGCUGGAAUGAAGCUGCCUAGCCUAGCGAUAAUAGACUAACACUAGGUUUACAUGCAGAAUGCCACAGAGGGAUGUUGGGCAGACGCUGAAGUCACCUCACUGCUGAGCAGUCCCUUGUAAAAAUGUAUUUAAUGGGAGGUGUGACUUAGGGGGCAGUCAAGGGCUUUCAGGCAAACUAAGAUAGAGGCACGGCGGUCAGGUAAACCCCAUAAUAAAAUUACAUUGUAUCCCCUAUACAAUAUGAGUGUAAACCCAAUACGGUAUUUAAAUAGACUUGUUGAGGUGUUGCUUCAAGCAGAGAAACAGCAGGUCUAUGCACCAUGGUAGAGAAACUUAGACCAUCCAACACCUCUGUAGAACUUGCACAGAGCAGUCCAGAACAUAGCUUUAGGUGCCAUGUUGGUUCAGGGACUUGGGGGUUGGGAACCGUUUCUGUGACAUAAGCAUGAGGUCAUCUUCCUUCAUUUAUGUUCUCCAUCCCUCCCAGUCCUCCACUGCCUUGCUUGUUUACAUAUGUCCUGAGGUACCUGUGAGCUUUUCAGGAGUUAAAAAAAA